CUAUAUAUUAUUAUGCAUGGCGAAACAAGAGCACUAAUCUGUGUAUUUUUAAAGUCACAGAACAGAGUCUAUGGACUCAGCUUCAUUCUUCCCUCAUCCUUUGAUUGGCCACGUCAUCACCAGCUCAAGCUUGCAACAACGAUCAUAUAGCAGCCAUCAUAAUAAUCACAGUGGGAGAUUUGGCAUAUGGAGGAACAACAGGUUGUUGAAUUCAGCUUCUUGUGCUAUUGGAUAUGAAUUCUUUGAUGAAAAUGGUAACUUGAAAAGGAACAAUGAAAAUGGGUCCCUCUUAGGUGAUGCUUCAAAACAGUUUUCGUCUUCUUCUUCUUCUUCAGCACCAUUUGGAACAUUGAACGCUGAAAUAACACAGGAAACUACUGAUUUCUUUGUGAGUGAUGCUGAAGGUGAUCCAGAUUGUCCCUCUAAGGGUUACUCUUCCAUUGAGCAAGCACUUAAUGCACUUCGCCAAGGAAAGUUUGUGAUUGUGGUAGAUGAUGAAAAUGGUGAUGUUGAAGGAAACCUUGUAAUGGCAGCAUCUCUGACUAGUACCAAGGAUAUAGCCUUUUUGAUUAGGCAUGGAUCAGGGAUUGUUUCUGUUGGCAUGAAACAAGAGGAUCUUCAAAGACUCAACCUUCCUCUCAUGUCACCAGAAACUGAAGAUGAAGAUUCUUCAGCCCCAACCUUUACUAUCACAGUGGAUGCAAAAUUUGGAACUUCAACAGGCGUAUCAGCCGCGGACAGAGCGAAAACAGUUCUUGCUCUAUCAUCUCCAGAGUCUAACUCAGAAGAUUUUAGAAAGCCAGGUCAUGUGUUUCCCUUGAAGUACAGAAAUGGUGGGGUUCUAAGGAGAGCAGGUCACACUGAGGCUUCAGUUGAUCUGGUUUCACUUGCUGGAUUGCCACCAGUUUCUGUUCUUUCAGCUCUUGUUAAUGAUGAGGAUGGUUCCAUGUCUUCUUUGCCCACUCUAACAAACUUAGCAUUGGAAUACAACUUUCCUAUUGUCUCAAUCACUGAUUUGAUAAGGUACCGGAGAAAGCGCGAAGAAUUGGUUGUAAGAACUUGUGUUUCAAGGUUGCCUACGAAAUGGGGUGAUUUUGAAGCAUAUUGCUACAGCUCAAAGUUAGAUGGAACUGAACAUGUGGCUGUUGUGAAGGGAGAGAUAGGAGAUGGACAAGAUGUGCUAGUGAGAGUGCAUUCAGAAUGUUUAACUGGUGACAUAUUUGGAUCAGCUCGGUGUGACUGUGGAAACCAACUAGAUUUGGCAAUGCAGUUAAUAGAAGAAGCAGGAAGAGGAGUAGUUGUGUAUCUUAGAGGUCAUGAAGGAAGAGGCAUUGGACUUGGUCACAAACUUAAAGCCUAUAAUUUACAGGACCAAGGACAUGACACUGUCCAAGCCAACAUUGAACUUGGUUUAGCCGUUGAUGCUCGUGAGUAUGGGAUUGGAGCCCAGAUUCUGAGAGACAUAGGAGUUCGAACUAUGCGGCUAAUGACUAACAAUCCAGCCAAGUUUGUUGGUCUAAAAGGGUAUGGUUUGGCAGUCAUAGGACGUGUUCCUGUGUUGACACCAAUCACGGAGGAAAACAAGCGAUACCUCGAAACUAAAAGGAUAAAGAUGGGUCAUGUUUAUGCCUCUGAUUUACAAGGAUCAUUACCUGGAUUCAACCAUGAUUCAACUGUAAAUAAACAAGACUCACAAGAGAAUACAUAGUAUAGUCUACACAAAAUUUAUUGCAACAAAAGAUGUCUUUUAUGCCAUUGUUACAAAAUUGUUUCAAAGGUGUCACCCCCAACAAUAAAUUAUUCAUGGCAUUCAUCUCUCAUGAUUGUAUACAUUGUAUUACUCAAAUAAACACAUUUUUCAUUGAUAGACA